ACUCUGCGCAGAGCUGCCACGCUAUUGUCCUGGCUGGGAAGGCGGGGCCGGCGCGGGGCGGGGCUGGCGGCGCCGGCGCAGCCCGGGGGCAGCGGGAGGAGGAGGCGGCGGCGGUGGAGCUGGGAGCUCCUGUCACCGCUGGGGCCGGGCCGGGCCGGGCGGUGUGCAGGGGACGUGAGGGCGCGAGGGCCGGGACAUGGGGCCGGCCAGUCCCGCCGCUUGCGGUCUGGGCCGCCGCCGGGGCCCGCCGCCKCUGCCGCUGUUGCUGCCACUAUUGCUGCUGCUCCUGCGCGCGCAGCUCGCCAUCGGGAGCCUGGCCGGUGGGAGCCCCGGCGCGGCCGAGGCUCCGGGAUCAGCGCAAGUGGCCGGACUAUGCGGGCGCCUAACCCUUCACCGGGACCUGCGCACCGGCCGCUGGGAGCCAGACCCACAGCGCUCACGACGCUGUCUCCGGGACCCGCAGCGCGUGCUGGAGUACUGCAGACAGAUGUAUCCGGAGCUGCACAUCGCACGUGUGGAGCAGGCUGCACAGGCUAUCCCAAUGGAGCGCUGGUGCGAGGGUGCCCGGGGUGGCCAUUGUGCCCACCCUCACCACCAGGUUGUGCCUUUCCGCUGCCUUCCUGGUGAGUUUGUGAGUGAGGCUCUACUGGUGCCAGAAGGUUGUCGGUUCUUACACCAGGAACGCAUGGACCAGUGUGAGAGUUCCACCCGGAGGCACCAGGAGGCACAAGAGGCUUGCAGCUCCCAAGGCCUCAUCCUUCAUGGCUCGGGCAUGCUUUUACCCUGUGGUACAGAUCGAUUCCGAGGUGUGGAGUAUGUGUGCUGCCCUCCUCCAGUGACCCCUGACCCAUCUGGGACAGCAGUUGGUGACCCCUCUACCCGGUCCUGGCCCCUGCGGGCCAGAACAGAGGGGAAUGAGGAUGAAGAAGAGGAAGAAUCCUUCCUACAGCCAGUAGAUGAUUACUUUGUGGAGCCCCCUCAAGCCGAAGAACAGGAAGAAGAAAGAAUCCUGCUCCCAAGUUCCCAUACCCCUGCAGUGGUCAGCAAAGUCACUCCCACCCCAAGGCCCACUGAUGGUGUGGAUGUUUACUUCGGCAUGCCUGGGGAAAUCAGUGAGCAUGAGGGGUUCCUGAGGGCCAAGAUGGACCUGGAGGAGCGUAGAAUGCGCCAGAUUAAUGAGGUGAUGCGUGAAUGGGCCAUGGCAGACAACCAGUCCAAGAACCUGCCUAAAGCUGAUAGACAGGCCCUGAACGAGCACUUCCAGUCCAUUCUGCAGACCCUGGAGGAGCAGGUGUCCAGUGAGCGACAGCGUCUGGUGGAGACUCAUGCCUCCCGAGUCAUCGCUCUCAUCAAUGACCAGCGCCGUGCUGCCCUGGAGGGCUUCCUGGCAGCGCUGCAAGGGGAUCCUCCUCAGGCAGAGCGCGUCCUUCUGGCCCUACGGCGCUACCUGCGUGCAGAGCAGAAGGAGCAGCGGCACACGCUGCGGCACUACCAGCACGUGGCUGCAGUGGACCCUGAGAAGGCCCAGCAGAUGCGCUUCCAGGUGCAGACCCACCUUCAGGUGAUUGAGGAAAGGAUGAAUCAGAGCCUGGGAUUGCUUGAUCAGAAUCCCCACCUGGCUCAGGAGCUGCGCCCCCAGAUCCAGGAACUUCUCCAUUCAGAACACCUGGGUCCCAAUGAAUUGGAAGUCCCUGCACUUGGGGGCAGCAGCGAGGACAAGGGUGGGCCGCAGCCUCCAGAUUCCAAGGAUGCAGACACCCCCAUGACCCUUCCAAAAGGGUCCACAGAACAAGAUAACACAUCACCUGGAAAAGAGAAGAUGACCCCCUUGGAGCAAUAUGAGCCAAAGGUGAACGCGUCUGUUCCAAGGGGCUUUCCUUUCCACUCCUCAGAGAUCCAGAGAGAUGAGCUGGCACCAGCGGGGACAGGAGUGUCUCGUGAGGCUGUGUCGGGUCUGCUGAUCAUGGGAGCCGGUGGGGGCUCCCUCAUCGUCCUCUCCAUGCUGCUCCUGCGCAAGAAGAAGCCCUAUGGGGCCAUCAGCCAUGGAGUGGUGGAGGUGGAUCCCAUGCUGACCCUAGAGGAGCAGCAGCUUCGUGAACUGCAGCGACAUGGUUAUGAGAACCCCACCUACCGCUUCCUGGAGGAACGACCCUGAACCCACUCCCUUGAUGCCUUCAGCUGAGCCCAGACCUCCCCUCUUCCUGGGGCCCCAGAACCCCAAUUCCCAGCCUAGGGUGGGGGAGGGAGGUCUUGACAAGUUCACUCUUAUUUCCCCUUUCCAGUGCCAUCCCUAAGAAAUACCCAGACAUUCCCAGCGGCCAACCCACUUUGGACCUCCUCACCUUAAUUUAUUUUGUAAGUUAUUGCUACUUACACUUUGGUUCCAGCGUCUAUUUUUCCCUAGAGUUCACCUGCUCACGUUUUCCCCACUAACAUCCCAAUAAAGUCCUCUUCCCUACCAGG